GGUUUUUGGGCGCGAGCGGAGUGUCGUCGUUAAACCCUAAACCCUCUGGCAUCUCCUCUCUUUUCUCUCCUCCCUUUUCUCUCCUCCCAUGUCCGAUUCCGACUCAGAGGCGAUGGCGGAUGCCGGAGUGGAAAACCCUAAACUGCCCCCGCACCUCGAGCUCCGCAGAACUCGUGUCCUCUGCAAAGCCGAUGCUCCCACCAGUACAGAUACUGUCCAGUACUCUGGAGCUUACGCGUCUCUCGGAGUCGAUAAUAGUCUGAGAUUCGACGAUUUCCGCAACAACUUCAGAGUCCAAGUCAACAGGAUCAGCCAUGAAGACAUGGAGUUCGAUAUGGUCGGCGUCGAUCCUUCUAUUGCCAACGCGCUCCGGAGGAUCCUCUUGGCCGAGCUUCCCACCAUGGCCAUUGAAAAGGUUCUUAUUGCGAAUAAUACAUCAGUGGUGCAAGAUGAAGUUCUUGCUCAUCGCUUGGGUCUCAUUCCCAUCAAGGUUGACCCAAGGCUUUUCGAUUAUUUAUCAGAGAAUGAUACAUCUAAUGAGAAGAAUACCAUAGUUUUCAAACUCCACGUCCGAUGUGCAGAACGUGGGCAGCGUCUCACAGCGACAUCAAAUGAAUUAACGUGGCUGCCUAAGGGGAGUGAGUUGUUGAAGACAUCUGAAAGUUUGACUUCAACUUCAAAACCAGAAACCUACACUUCAUUUACUUGCAGUCAGGACUCCAUGCCAGAAUUUGCAGGCAAUCCAAUUAGUGUGUAUCCUGAUAUCAUCAUUGCUAAGCUUGGUUUUGGCCAGGAAAUUGAACUUGAAGCACAUGCUGUUAAGGGUGUUGGGAAAACGCAUGCAAAGUGGUCUCCUGUUGCCACUUGUUGGUACAGAAUGCUUCCAGAGGUUGUAUUGACUGAAGAAAUUGAGGGCAAGAAGGCUGAAUUACUUAAGCAAAAAUGCCCAGCUAAUGUGUUUGAGAUCGAAGAUCUUGCUGAUGGUAGAAAAAGAGCAACUGUUGCCAGACCACGAGCUUGCACACUCUGUAGAGAAUGCAUCAGGGAUGGUGACGACUGGGAGAGGCUAUCCUUACGCCGUGUCAAGGAUCAUUUUAUAUUUACCAUCGAAUCGACCGGAGCAUUACCUCCAGAAGUUUUGUUUACCGAGGCAGUGAAGAUCUUGGAGGACAAAUGCGAACGUGUCAUUAGCGAUCUCUCUUGAUGCUCCAUCAUUUGGACAGUUGUCAAACAGAGAUCGGAUGCCUUCUAUGUAGAAUGUUUGACACCCGCACCCCCUCCGCUCCCCCACGCAUUUGUAUUUGAUGGGGAAUCAUUGGCAUUUAUUUAGAUCUCCCAUUUUUGCUCGUAAGUGAUAUCAUAUUGAGUUGGUUCGAUCGUUGUAUUCGUCUAAUUUUACCAGUGAAAUACACAUUUCUCUAUUUAGAAAAUGAGCGGUUAUAUAACACAAUUAGUGCCCGAGAUUGUA